UGGCGGUAUAAAGGUCAUAGGUAAAAAGAUCGAACAGACCUACUGAAACCAGACUCUGACAUAGUUUGACAGCCGUCUGACGUAUUUUGUUCUUGAAAAACGUUGUGUGAUAGAUAUAUACGGGGUGUUGAUUAAUAACAAGUGUAUUAAUAUUUCAGAAAAAUCAUUGUGAACUAUAUUGUGUACAUUUUAGUGAAUUUAUUGUAAGACUCGCUGUGUGGAUCUCAGCUGAAAAUAAACAAGACCACUAAAAACAAACGUGGUAACGUUUAUAGCAUAUUUGGAACACUGACUAAAUAACAAUUGAUUUUAACAAUAUUCACGUCUUACGUACUUAAUAAUUAUUUAAUUGUUGCAAUUAUCGUGCGUAAUUCGGUACGAAAAAAAUAAAGAAAUAGAUAAUUAUAAAUCUGAUAACAAUCGUCUCAUUAAACCUUUGAAUUGAAAACGCGUAACGCUGUUGAUAGUAGGAAUUAAGUGUCACCACGUUUCGUCACAGCAAAUUACGUUAUUCCAACCAUUAUCAACCAAAAAGUUCAGCAUUGAAUGUUCGAGGACAGUCUUUAAAAGCGGCGUCAUUGAGUCGAAUCGAAGCAUCGUCGAGACUGGCUUCAGGAGUGGAUUACGGUCGUGGAGGGGGAGGCGCGGCCGGCGGCGGCGGCGUUGGCGUCCGCCCUGGCUAUGGAUAUGAAGCGCUUUCAGCUGCUAGCGAUGGUAGCGACGGAGAUCCCGACGACGCACCAGAAUAUGCGCCAUUCGAAAUGGAGAUGUCCGGCGGUGGAGAGUCAGCUGACGGCCCUUCAUCCCGUGGUUCUAACAAAGUUAAUUUCCCGCCUGAAAUUGAAUUCGAUAGACGGCCCACAGUUACUCUUGGCGCCACGGCUGCUUACCAUCGCGGACGUGGCCGUUCUAUGAGCGCGUGGAGUGAUAUCAGCCGUUCCAGUAUUCGAUUUGAGGAAAGAGUAAGGGUGGAGUUCUACGUCAACGAGAACACUUUUAAGGAAAGACUGCAAUUAUAUUUUAUUAAAAAUCAACGAUCGAGUUUACGCAUUAGGAUAGCGAAUCUAUUUUUCAAACUUUUGACCUGCGUGCUGUAUAUAUUUCGUGUGUGUACUGAAGGAGAUCCUAUAGCUGCGACUUGUUAUGGAUGUAAGCUUGGAAACAAGACUGACUUCCAACAUUCUGCAAAUUUGACGGAAGAAGAGUUCCAAGAGCACCCGUUAAUUAAUUGGGACGCAAUAAUAUGGGUCAACCGACCUUUAUAUCUAUGGAUAGUGCAAGUACUCCUGGCAUUGGUGUCUUUCACCGAAGCAUUAUUACUUGCCUACUUGGGCUAUAAGGGCAACAUUUGGCAGCAAGUGUUAUCAUUCCACUUCAUCUUGGAAAUGGUGAACACUAUACCCUUUGCGUUAACCCUGACAUUUCCUCCAUUACGAAAUCUAUUUAUACCGGUCUUUCUGAAUUGUUGGCUUGCAAAAAGAUCACUUGAAAAUAUGUUUAACGAUUUACAUCGAGCUAUGCAAAAGUCGCAAUCAGCUUUAUCACAACAAUUAAUGAUAUUAUGCGUUACGCUACUCUGUCUCGUCUUUACUAGUGUCUGCGGUAUUCAACACUUUCAACGAGCUGGACAUCGACACCUUAAUCUUUUCCAAGCCACUUAUUUUGUCGUAGUGACAUUUUCAACAGUGGGCUAUGGCGAUUUUGUUCCGGACAUAUGGCCCUCUCAAUUGUUCAUGGUUGUCAUGAUUGGAGUUGCGCUGGUUGUUCUUCCAACACAGUUUGAACAAUUGGCCUUUACUUGGAUGGAAAGACAGAAAUUGGGAGGAUCAUAUUCUUCUCACCGAGCACAGUCUGAAAAACAUGUAGUAGUAUGUUCAACAACUUUACAUGCCGACACUAUCAUGGACUUCUUGAACGAAUUCUACGCACAUCCACUACUUCAAGACUAUUAUGUUGUAUUGCUGUCGCCGAUGGAACUCGAUACUACUAUGCGUAUGAUUCUGCAGGUACCGAUUUGGGCUCAACGUGUAAUUUACAUUCAAGGCUCAUGCCUAAAAGAUACGGAUUUGAUUAGAGCUCGUAUGAACGAAGCUGAAGCCUGUUUCAUCUUGGCCGCCAGAAAUUAUGCCGACAAAACCGCUGCAGACGAACAUACAAUUUUACGAUCAUGGGCCGUUAAAGAUUUCGCACCAAAAGUUGCACAAUAUGUACAAAUAUUUAGACCAGAAAAUAAGCUACAUGUAAAAUUUGCUGAAUUCGUGGUAUGUGAAGAUGAAUUUAAGUAUGCUUUGUUGGCUAACAACUGUACCUGUCCAGGAGCGUCAACUUUAGUAACUCUCCUGCUUCACACAAGCAGAGGACAAGAAGGACAACAAUCGCCUGAAGAAUGGCACCGCCUUUAUGGAAAAUGUUCAGGAAAUGAAAUAUACCACAUCGUUCUGGGAGACAGCAGAUUUUUCGGAGAAUAUGAAGGAAAAAGUUUUACUUACGCUAGUUUUCACUCACACCGAAAAUAUGGAGUCGCUUUAGUUGGUGUUCGGCCCGCUGAAUUACCUGAAUUUUAUGAAGAUACAAUAUUACUUAAUCCGGGACCUCGGCAUAUAAUGAAAAGCACCGAUACGUGUUAUUAUAUGAGUAUAACAAAAGAAGAGAAUUCCGCUUUUGUUGUUUCUGAUAAACAGGCUGUACCAAAUCCUACGAUACCAAAAGACCAAACAGCAUGCAGCUUCCUUUCAAACGAGAGGAAUCCAGACGAAGGCAGUACAAGCCAGCAGAAGAAACCAGACGGUAGUAGCGUCGUUCAGUGCGAAGUACCACAAGUGGUUCUUGAAGCUCCCUCGAGUUCCACACCCAACGCAUCGCCAUCACGCAUCAAAAAUCUUAAAACCUUAUCAUGCGCUAACUUUAACUUUGCUAGCUCUAAAUUAGCCGAUCGCUCUACCUCCGAAUCAAGGACCUGCUUAAAAGAAUCACCAGGAAUCGAAAGUGUUGUUGACAGUCAUUUACUUUUACCGAAACCUGAAACCAGCAAUUUCUUAAGUCCGGACACACUGAGUCAUCGUGGAGGAAAUAGCAGGAGGCCAUCGAUACUUCCUGUUCCAGAUAUGGUCACCAGUAGUUUAACUUUAACAAAUGACAAUCAAGAUGAAGAAGCUGAAAUUGAUGAGAGCGAAGAUGAGCUAGAUGACGAUGUUCCUUGGCGAUCCCCAUCAGAAAAAAUUGCAAUCGUCAAAGGAUUCCCGCCUGUGUCACCUUUUAUUGGAGUCAGCCCAACUCUCUGUUUUCUGCUAAAGGAAAAGAAACCUCUUUGCUGCUUACAACUGGCCCAAGUCUGUGAACACUGCGCAUAUAGAAAUGCCAAGGAAUAUCAAUGGCAAAAUAAAACGAUUAUUCUUGCUGCCGACUAUGCUUCUAAUGGAAUUUACAAUUUUAUUAUUCCGCUAAGAGCUCAUUUUCGGUCUAAAACAACUUUAAACCCUAUUAUUUUGCUUCUCGAGCGACGGCCAGAUGUUGCAUUUCUAGAUGCCAUAUCUUAUUUCCCUCUGGUUUAUUGGAUGUUGGGCACUAUUGAUUGCUUGGAUGAUCUGCUUCGAGCUGGAAUAACAUUAGCUGAAAACGUUGUAGUUGUGAACAAAGAGCUAUCAAAUUCUGCUGAGGAAGAUAGCCUUGCUGAUUGCAAUACAAUUGUAGCAGUACAGACAAUGUUCAAGUUCUUCCCUUCAAUAAGGUCCAUAACAGAACUAUCUCAAUCAUCAAAUAUGAGAUUUAUGCAAUUCCGUGCUCACGAUAAAUAUGCUUUACAUCUUUCUAAGAUGGAAAAGCGAGAAAAAGAAAGGGGCUCACACAUUUCCUAUAUGUUCCGAUUGCCUUUCGCGGCCGGAUCAGUUUUCUCUGCCUCAAUGUUAGACACGUUACUUUAUCAAGCCUUUGUUAAAGAUUACAUGAUUACUUUUGUGCGACUAUUAUUGGGAAUAGAUCAGGCGCCCGGAUCUGGAUUUUUAGCGUCGAUAAAAAUUACCAAAGAAGAUAUGUGGAUUCGUACCUAUGGUCGUUUAUACCAAAAACUAUGUUCGACCUCAUGUGAAAUCCCAAUUGGGAUAUAUCGCACACAAGAUACAAGCAUGGCCGAUGCAUCUCACCACGUGAGUAUGUCGCAAAGGACUUCGUCAAACUGGUUUUGGUCACGCCUUGCGAGAAUGCGACCAUCCCGUGCUUCGCAGGAGGAGCUUGAUGGAGGAGAUUUCCCGGCGUGCGGGCGUCAAGAGGCAACUAGCUGCCUUGGUGGUUGCUACGGAGAACGCACGCCGGUGUACUCUACAAGUCUGGCAGAUGAAGCUCGCGACAAUCACAUUCAGCAAAUUGAAAGAGCUGAAAUAGCCAACUUGGUUCGUUCCAGGAUGGAAUCUCUAAAUCUAACUGGGGUAGAUUACGAUGAUGUAAGCGAAAAACGAAAUAGUUUAUCUUAUGUCAUAAUCAAUCCAAGCUGCGACUUAAAUUUGCAAGAAGGAGACAUCAUUUAUCUUGUGCGCCCUUCUCCAUUUUCUGCACAAAAAACAUUUGAAAGGCAUAACAGUCGUCGAAAAUCAAAUAUAAGCUUCUGUUCUCAAGCCUUAAUCCAAGCGCAGGGAGGGAGCAGACGAGGUUCAGGAAUGGCAGCAACUUUUGCUCAAUCACGGGCUCCACCUCUUUCCACUACCAAGGCUAAUUCGUUGUCUUUACCCGAUAGCCCAACAAUCAUUACAGAUUUCAGAGGUCGCUCUAAUUCACUGCGUGUAGUGGAUGAUAUUUUACUACGACGAUCAAAUUCUUUACGUCAGGGCAUAAGCGGAACAGGAUCCCGACGUCGCAAAAGCAGUUUAGAAGAAAUAGGCAUAUCGCACUUCAAUUCCUUGCUUCAACAUCAGCAGCAACAGCAGGAGCAAGAUGCUAUAAAAUUAGGACUAAGCAGCAUUGGCCUAAGAAUUACACCACCGGAAGAAACUCCUCGAAUGGCUUUAGAGCCAUUCCAGGACAUAGCAGCAGCACUACCAUCUACAUCAGGUGGAUCCACCAUGCCAGUCAAUGUAACUCCUGACCCACAACAUCUUCAGGGUACAAUCGUGUGAUACAACCUUAUGUGGGGACGACGACUCAAUUCCGUUAUUAGAAACAAGUGGACUUAAAUUGAAGUUAAGAGUUAACAAUCCGCAGUCUUACUCAACUAGGUCGUUACCUAUAAAUUGCUUCUUUAAACAGGAGACUUUCUAUUGGGCACACGUUUAAACGUAAUAGAGUCUGUUCGAAUCAACUUUAUUUCCGAUCAUUUCUAACGAUUUUCAUAUGCACACGAAAGGUUUAUUCAACGUGACUUUUAUUAAUCAAGUAGCCUCUCUUAAUUACUUACCCAAAUCCUAGGGAACAACACUUGAAAAUUAUUAGAACAACACUGAUAUUAGAGCAGAGACUAACAAAAUAUCCAAUCCUUUAUAACUUAACAAACUUCGUGUGUAAUAAAAUUAGCUUAGGCUGACUAGUUGUGAAAUCACUCAUUGAUUAAUAACUAUACAAUGCACAAUUGUAGGUUUCAUUAUCAUUUCCAAUGUUAAUCGCCUGGUUUGUUUACCAGUACAAGUUUUAACCGUACCAAAUCACUGCCCAACAAUAAUAGUUUUUUUAUGGACGCAAUUUAUGUCAGUAUUCACAUAAAUUUACAGGAUGUAUCGGAAACGUUUUAGAAAAUUAAGACAGGAAGCAUAGCUGGUGGUUCUUAAUACGGAAAAAAGGGAAAAAAAUCACUCUACAUUACAUAAUGUAUUUAUUUUUAUAUUGCACACUAUGUAACUCAAUUAAAACGAACCUACGAACAGAACCUAUAGAACGCUUUCUGGGGCGUUUGGCAAUUUUUUUGCCAUUUAUUUGCAAGUUUCCAAAAUAUGUAUAAAUUACUAAAAAUUUAAGUAAUGAUACUCGGAAUGUAAAGUGAAUAAACUAAAGCGAAUGGUAUUUAUGAUUCCAUUAUAUUCCUAUUUCAAUUAAGUUCAUUCUCGUUUCGGCUCGUUUUUUUCUAAUAAUAGUAACAUGAAUAACGAUCCUAAUGUCUAAUCAGUUUCGAUAUUUGUAGCCCAGGUAAUAAAUACAGAUAUAGAUUGAAAUUUUCAUAAUAAUUUACUUUAUUCGACAAAACAAUCAUAUUUAUUAAUUUAAAAACCUCAAAUUAACAGCAUCUUUUCAGAAAAUAGAAAUGAUUAUUAUUGCUUUUGGACAAAAAUUGUCGUAUGGUAAUUUCAUAGGUAUGCGCCUAAUAUUAAUCGUCCACUCUUUAACGGAAUUGAUUUCCGUUUCCACUUCGUGAUAUGUUCACGUAAGAUUUUUCAAAAUGAGCUUGUACAUACUUUGUGAAAUAGGCCACGCCCGAAAUGCGAAAAAAGAGCUGCUUGUCUCAAGUGGGAUCAAUUAAUUGAUAAGGGAGCCAUCUACACAGCGAUAUUUAUACAUUCAUUAAUACCAUAUAAUCUCACCAAAAUGUUAUUUUAUUGACAGUAUUCAGUGUCAUGCGUACGUAAAGUUUGGAUUGUAGAACAGUAUUUACUUCCAAUUACGACUUUGAUCGUUAUUAUAUCCUGUUUAUUGAACUAUUAAGUAGAUAUCAAAUUGGAAAAAUCAUUACUAGAAAUAUAAAAUUAGAAUUAGAAUGGGAAUACUACUUAGAAAUUUAAAAUAAUAAGUAACGAUUAAACUUAAAUAUUACUUUUUUCUAGGUAUAAUUGACCAAAUAAAAAAAUAAAAGUAAACUGCAUUUCAUGAUACAGUACUAUCAAAACUAUGUAUUUAGAUGUUUGAUCAUAUUUAUAAUCAGCCCUUACUUUAGAUUGUAUGAAUUUUUAUUGGUAAUAAAUAAU